CCGCUUGGCUUGGAAGGCGGGGCCCACCCAGGGGGCGGGGCUUGUCUGAGGCGGGGGCGGGACCCUGGCGUUGCCCUGGGCCAGAGGUCCCGUUAGGUAGACUGCUGCCAUGGCGGGCCGCGCGUGGAGGUUGCUGGCCGCGCUGCUGGCCGUGGUCGCCGCCGCCUCCCGGGCUGGGGUAGAGUCUGAGCCGGUCUGGGACCUGACCGCGCCCGACCUGCUCUUCGCGGAGGGGACCGCGGCCUACGCGCGCGGGGACUGGCCGGGGGUGGUACUGAACAUGGAGCGGGCGCUGCGCUCGCGGGCCGCCCUGCGCGCCCUCCGCCUGCGCUGCCGCACCCAGUGCGCGGCCGACCUGCCGUGGGCGCCGGACCUCAGCUCGGACCCCAGCCUGACCCAGGCGCCGGGCGCCGCUGCCCUGCAGGACCUGCAUUUCUUCGGGGCCCUGCUGCGCCGCGCCGCCUGCCUGCGCCGCUGCCUUGGGCCUCCCGCCGCCCACCUGCUCAGCGAGGAGCUGGACUUGGAGUUCCACAAGCGGAGCCCCUAUAAUUACCUGCAGGUCGCCUACUUCAAGAUAAACAAGCUGGAGAAGGCGGUAGCAGCAGCACACACCUUCUUUGUGGGCAAUCCUGAGCACAUGGAGAUGCGCCAGAACCUAGACUAUUAUCAAACCAUGUCUGGAGUAAAGGAAGCUGACUUCAUGGACCUUGAGGCCAAACCCCAUAUGCAUGAGUUCCGGCUGGGAGUGCGACUCUACUCAGAGGAACAGCCACAGGAAGCCGUGCCCCACCUGGAGGCUGCGCUACUGGAGUACUUUGUGGCCGAUGCGGAGUGCCGAGCCCUCUGUGAGGGGCCCUAUGAUUACGAUGGCUACAAUUACCUGGACUACAAUGCUGACCUCUUCCAGGCCAUCACAGAUCAUUAUGUCCAGGUCCUCAGCUGUAAGCAGAACUGUGUCACCGAGCUGGCUUCCCACCCAAGUCGAGAAAAGCCCUUUGAAGACUUCCUCCCUUCACAUUAUAAUUAUCUACAGUUCGCCUACUACAACAUUGGGAAUUAUACAGAGGCGAUCAGAUGUGCCAAGACCUACCUCCUCUUCUUCCCCAGUGAUGAGGUGAUGAGCCAGAAUCUGGCCUACUACACAGCCAUGCUUGGAGAAGAAGAAGCCAGCUCCAUCAACCCCCAUGAGAACGCCCAGGAGUACCGACAGCGCAGCCUGCUGGAGAAGGAAUUGCUUUUCUUUGCCUAUGAUGCUUUUGGAAUUCCCUUUGUGGAUCCGGACUCAUGGACUCCAGAGGAGGUGAUUCCCAAGAGACUUCAAGAGAAACAGAAGUCAGAACGUGAAACCGCAGCCCGCAUCUCCCAGGAAAUCGGCAAUCUUAUGAAGGAGAUCGAGACCCUUGUGGAAGAGAAGACCAAGGAGUCAUUGGAUGUGAGCAGACUGACCCGGGAAGGUGGCCCCUUGCUGUAUGAAGGCAUCAGUCUCACCAUGAACUCCAAAGUCUUGAAUGGCUCCCAGCGGGUGGUGAUGGAUGGUGUGAUCUCUGACAGUGAGUGCCAGGAGCUGCAGAGACUGACCAACGCAGCAGCAACUUCCGGAGAUGGCUACCGAGGUCAGACCUCCCCACAUACCCCUAACGAAAAGUUCUAUGGUGUUACUGUCUUCAGAGCCCUCAAGCUGGGGCAGGAAGGGAAAGUUCCUCUGCAGAGCGCCCACCUGUACUACAAUGUGACUGAGAAGGUGCGGCGUGUCAUGGAGUCCUACUUUCGCCUGGACGCCCCCCUCUACUUCUCCUACUCCCACCUGGUGUGUCGUACUGCAAUAGAAGAGUCACAGGCUGAGAGAAAGGACAGUAGCCACCCAGUCCACGUGGACAACUGCAUCCUGAAUGCUGAGACCCUCGUGUGCAUCAAGGAGCCCCCUGCCUACACAUUUCGGGACUAUAGUGCCAUCCUUUACCUUAAUGGGGACUUUGAUGGAGGAAACUUUUACUUCACUGAACUAGAUGCCAAGACGGUGACGGCAGAGGUGCAGCCCCAGUGUGGAAGGGCUGUGGGAUUCUCUUCCGGCACUGAAAACCCACAUGGAGUAAAGGCUGUCACCAGGGGGCAGCGCUGUGCCAUUGCCCUGUGGUUCACACUGGACCCUCGACACAGUGAGCGAGACAGGGUGCAGGCGGAUGACCUGGUGAAGAUGCUGUUCAGCCCAGAAGAAAUGGACCUCCAGGAGCAGCCCCUGCAUGGCCAGCAGGGCUCCCCACAACCUGGAGAAGAGUCUCUGUCAGACAGGAAAUUGAGGCACAAAGAUGAGCUAUGACAGCACCCAGACACACAUUGGCGAUGCUGGAAGGAACCCUGCUGCUUGGACAUGCCAGCCCCCAGGGCUACAGAGCAAGGGACACUUCAGUCUGCCACCCAGCCGAGGGAACGCUGCCUGCAGCCUUCUGCAUGGUGCUACUGCUCUUGGAGUGGACAUGGCUGGAUGCCACUCUUCUCUGGGCUUAACUGAAGGCUCAGGACACAAACCCAGAACCACCUGGGGCCUGUGUAGGUAGCUCCUGACGGCAACAGUAUUUAAAGUCUAUAUAGACAACCAAA